UAACAUGUGGUUGCAAUUUUUGCUAACUACUAUCAUAUAUCGAAAUCAAAUAUCAAUAUACGAUACCCGACUACAGUAAUUAAUAUCUACUUUAUCAAAUUUCAUGAUAAAAGAAGCUCGUAUAUAAAUAAUCUUCUUCCAUUAUAUCUAUUAGUGUGUGAGAGGUCGGAUUUACUUUAAAAUAAAAUGGCUUACUUGGGAAAAGAAUUUACCGUUGAAAAGGAUGAAAACUACGCUGAGUUUAUAAAAUCUCUGGGUCUUCCUGAGGCAGAAGCGGCACACUUCAUUGCAUACAAACCCGUAACUAAGCUAGAGAAAAAUGGUGACACAUACAAGAUAACUACCGUCACAAGUAAUGGCACAAGGGUAGCAGAGUUCAAAUCUGGUGUGGAAUUCGAUGAAGAGUUGAAACCUGGUUUUACAGUCAGGACAAAAUACGUCGUAAAUGGAGAUACGAUUACUCAGGACAUGACAAAGGAUGGCAAGAGUACUACUUAUAAGAGGGAAUUCUCUCCUGACAAAAUGAAAUUGACCAUCACUAGUUCAUUUUGGGAUGGAGUAGCAUAUAGGUACUACAAGUUGGUUUAAAUUUAAUUCAUAAUAAUAAUAAUAGAUUUAUCAUAAUAUUAUAUAAUUAAAAAUAAGGAAAAAUCGUGUUAUUUUG